GGAUAAACAAUAAUUUUGGUGAAGGACCCUUAAUAAUGUUAUUAGGCGCCAGGCGAUGAGUUGUGGAUUGCAAAACGAAAUUCCUCGGAACGAUAUAAAUUUGAUUUGGGAUUGAAAAAGAGAGAGAGGAGGAGCGGGUGAUGAUGGUGGACUCAUCUUCUUCGGCCAUAGACUCUUCGAAUAUCGGGUUCCAGCUUUUGAAGAAACAUGGGUGGACAGAAGGAACGGGUCUCGGUGCUUCCGAGCAGGGUAGGUUAGAGCCCGUGCAAGCUUACUUGAACGAAAGCAAACGAGGCUUGGGAGCGGAUGCACCAAAAAAAAGAUCAUUGCAAGUUUCAGAAAAUGAGUCUAGUGGAAAGUCCGCAAAGGAGGAAGAAAGAAUAAGAAAGGAUAUGACGGCUUCAACUUCAUCAACAGCCAUUAAUUCAUCCAAUAUAGGCUUUCAGCUUUUGAAGAAACAUGGUUGGAAAGAAGGAACUGGUCUUGGCAUUUGUGAGCAGGGAAGGUUGGAGCCUGUACAAACGUACUUGAAGAAUAAUAAGCGGGGACUGGGAGCAGAUAAGAUACGGAAGGCUUUAAAGCCCCCUGAUCCUCCUGCCUUGAAUCAAAAAAAUGACCAGGAGCUGCAUUCAAAAAAAUCCAAGGGACUCUCAAAGAAGAUGAGGAAGAUGCGGGAGUUAGAAAGCAGAUUGCAAGAGAAGGAAUUUGAGCGGGCCUUUUUCAGGGAAUUCUGGCCGGAUAAUGUCUGACAUUGCCUUCCAUACAGAUUCUGUAACAACUUGCUUAGCAAAUUUAGAUUUUGUACAGGGAUUUACUUUUUCCUUACUUUAUUUUCCAUUCAAUUAAAUCUGCAGAUAAUAGCAAUACUAUUAAAUCUGCCUUUUAUACAGAUAUUGUACAAUACUAUAAUGCUAAAUGAAUUUUGCCACCUUAACUUUGCCUUUCA